UCUUCUUCUUCCUCAAUCAAUCUCGCCCUCUCUCUCUCUCUCUCUCUCUCUCUCUAUAGAUGCAAUGAUCCUCUCUCCCUUCCUCCACUAAUGGAAACCCAAAAGCCCAAACUCACCCGCACACCCUCCUCCCUCCUCCGCUCACCCACCCUGCGCUCAUCCACCCACAGCCUCUCCUCCCUCAAGCAGCACCCUCAAAUCCCCGACUCUAAAAAGACCAGAAAGUACCCACACCCACUUGCUCACCCAGCCUCGACCUCAUCCCCUCUCCUCCCUCUCGCCCUCUUCUCUCUCCUCUUCGCCCUCACAAUCCUCACCAUCUUCUUCUCCUUCGCCCCCUCCUUCACCCACCUCUUGGUCUUCACCCUCUCCCUCGCCCUCCUCUCUCUGUUCCUAAAAAAAACCCGAUCCUUUCUCUUCGGUAAUCGGCUCAAAUCGACGCAAUCGGUCCAGUGGUUCAUUGGGGACGACGGAGAGCGGGUUUCCCGAAAUGGGUCGUGCCCAAAAUCGAAAAUUGUGAAGGAAGGAGUCGAGUUCUACAGCAAUGGGGAUUUCUAUGAAGGGGAGUUUCACAAAGGGAGCUGUAAUGGGAGCGGGGUUUACAAUUUCUUUGCGAAGGGGAGGUAUGAAGGGGAUUGGGUCGAUGGGAAGUAUGAUGGGUACGGGAUUGAGAGCUGGGCUAAAGGGAGUAGAUACAGGGGGCAGUAUAGAAAUGGAUUGAGGCAUGGGUUCGGGGUGUAUAAGUUUUUUAAUGGCGAUAGCUACGCGGGUGAGUGGGUGAGUGGGCAUAGCCACGGUAGCGGUGUGCAGAGCUGUGCUGAUGGGAGUUGCUAUGUUGGGGAGUUUAAAGGUGCGAUCAAGCAUGGACUUGGGUACUACCAUUUCAGGAAUGGAGACAGAUAUGCUGGAGAGUAUUUUGGUGACAAAAUCCAUGGUUUCGGGGUCUACCACUUCGCCAAUGGCCACUGCUACGAGGGCUCAUGGCAUGAAGGUCGAAGGCAGGGUUUUGGAACCUACACUUUCCGUAAUGGAGAAAUGAGGUCUGGUGAAUGGGAUUGUGGAGUCCUAAAAAACCCAUUAUCACCAUCCAACCAUUCAAUACAACGGUCUGUUCAGGCUGCAAGAAAAGCUGCAGAGAAUGCUGUUCUCGCUCCACGAGUUGACGAGCAAGUAAACAGGGCAGUCUCUGCUGCUAACAGGGCAGCCACUGCUGCUCGUGUUGCUGCGAUCAAAGCAGUUCAGAACAGAAUGGACGGGAAAUUUUGUCAUACCGAUGUUUGAGUUUGAAGUUUUUUUUAUCUAAAUUGUACAUUUUUCGGUGUUUCGGGUUUUUAUUUAAGUUAUCGGAGGGUUUGCUGCUGAUCGGAUAGAUAAAUAUCUUGUUAGUCUGAGAGUGUGAAGAGUUUUUAUACACCACAGCCCUCCCAUGACUGUAAUUGUACAUAUAUCCAUAUAUUAAUUCUGAUAUAUUAAUCAUAUAUGAAGUUUCCAA